AUGGCAGGUAAAGACCAAGUGGUAUGUGACCAUCGACAAGGCCCAUGCAGUGCCCAAGGCAGGUGAUGCAGAUCAGUUUCAGUCGGCACCAAGCUUUGACCGUGUUGCGCAGGGAUUAGGCCAGGUGCUGGCUCAUCCAGAGCUUGCAAGCCAAGACAAGACUCUGCACAAGUUUUGCCUGAACUGGCUGUAUGUAGACAGGAGAAUGCAAAAGUUUCUUGUGCGGCAUCCUACUUUGCCCACUGUGGAAAUCUCUUGGGAGAUGCAGGGUGGUGCUGCAGAUCAAGCAGGACCUUUACCUAGCAAAACCAUUCAGCUUCCAACUGAUGUUGUGUGGAAUACGUUGUUGGUGCUCAAGAAAAUGGGCUGGUACAUGAUGCACAGCACCAACUUGGAAAUGCGGCCAAUCCCAGCUCAGCUUGAGCUUGGGCACGUCACACAGACAAGAGAAGGGAGGAGGCUGAUCGGUGUUGCCUGUAGAGGUGCAGAGAAGCAUGUCAGAACAGAUCAAAUCGUGCACAAUGUUUGA